AUGUACACGUUAUUAUCUGGAUUAUACAAGUACAUGUUCCAGAAGGACGAGUUCUGUGUUCUUAUACUUGGACUGGACAAUGCAGGGAAGACGACCUUUCUGGAACAAACUAAAACAAAAUUCAGCAAAAGUUACAAAGGGAUGAAUCUCGCAAAGAUAACCACAACAGUUGGUCUGAACAUCGGCACCAUAGAUGUGGGCAAAGCUCGGCUCAUGUUCUGGGAUCUGGGAGGUCAGGAGGAGCUGCAGUCUCUGUGGGACAAAUAUUAUGCCGAGUCUCAUGGAGUCAUCUACGUCAUAGAUUCCACAGACGAAGAGCGGCUUUCCGAGUCCAAGGAGGCGUUCGAAAAAAUGAUUAGCAGUGACUCAUUAGAAGGUGUUCCUCUUCUGGUUUUAGUUAAUAAACAGGAUGUACCGAGCUGCUUGUCCGUGCCUGACAUUAAAACAGCUUUUAGUGACUGUGCCCCAAAGAUCGGCAAAAGAGACUGUUUGGUUCAACCCUGUACGGCUCUGACGGGCGAUGGCGUGGAUGAAGGCAUAGAGUGGAUGGUGAAGUGUGUGGUGCGAAACAUCCACCGACCGCCCAGACAGAAGGACAUCACUUAG